AGGCCCGGUACGUCACGUGAUAUGCUUUAGAACCAAAAUGGCCGCUGUUGUAUUUUGACGAAUAAUAGCUAGCUACUUUUCUUUUUGUUGCAGACUUACUUAAAACGAGCAAACGAGACUUUUCGGCGGUACCUUAUUCUGCCACCUUCGACACAUUGGUGUCGCACACUUUAUCCCGGAGACAAUCAAGACUGACACAUAUUUGUUGGAACGAGUUAUGCAGAUUUAGCUCUAGUAGAGGCUAGCUAGCUGGCUCUGGCUUGCACUCAUUAAAGGUAGUUGAAAGUGAAAUAGCUAGCUGUUAGCUGCGAUGGAGGAGUUGAGCGCAGAUGAGAUUCGCAGAAGGCGACUGGCACGGCUGGCAGGGGGACAAACGUCACAACCCAGUACCCCUCUCAGUACACCCCUCACAUCCCCACAGAGAGAAACUCCACCCGGACCCCUUCCAAGACCCUCAGGUGCUGCCCCUCAGCCGCUGCCACCAGCUGCCUCUCAUUCAUUGGGGCUUAAUGUACACAGUGGUACCCCUGCCACGUCUCCUAUGGGCACCUCUGGGGUUGCGUAUGGAAGUCAGAGCAGUGAGGGACUGAGCUCCCUCUCCAGCUCUCCCUCCAACAGCCUUGAGACUCAGUCUCAGAGUUUGUCACGUUCACAAAGCAUGGACAUUGACACUGCCUCAUGUGAAAAGAGCAUGUCCCAGGUGGAUGUAGACUCAGGUAUAGAGAACAUGGAAGUGGAGGAUGGUGAUCGCAGAGAGAAGAGGAACUUAACUGAUAAAGAGCUCUCUACGAACUCAGAUGUCUCUGAAGAACAAGCUCUACAGCUCAUUUGUAGGAUCCUCCGCGUAUCGUGGAAGCAACAAGACAGAGAUGUCGUCUUUCUCCCUUCAAUGGUUGCAGAAUUCCAUCAAAGGCCUAAAGAUGUAUACUCUGACUUCAAAGACCUGAUUGGCCAGAUCUUGAUGGAGGUCUUAAUGAUGUCGAUCCAGUCACGUGUCCACAACCCUUUUGCCAGCUUGACCGCCACCUCUCUGCCAAUUGCUGCAGCUAAAUCCCCUGACCACCGUCUGAUGCUGGGGCAGCCGUCCAGCCAAGGUGGCAGUCCCAUGACCCCAAAUGCUGGGUCUUUUGGACCCAGCUCUAUGUCCAGUCUCGGUGCAAGCGGAGGGGGGUUGUCCUGUGAUUCAGCCAGUGACCGUUUUACCAUUGAAGCAUGCAAAGAGACAGAGAUGCUGAACUACCUCAUUGAGCGUUUUGACAGUGUUGGCAUAGAGGAGAGGAAAGCUCCCAAGAUGUGCAGCCAACCCAAUGUCAGCCAGCUUCUCAGCAACAUUCGCUCUCAGUGUAUUUCCCAUGUUGCCCUGGUUCUGCAAGGUGCACUGACCCAGCCUCGGAGCCCUUUUCAGCCAUCGCUGCUGGUACCGUAUAUGCUAUGUCGGAACCUUCCCUAUGGAUUUAUUCAGGAACUGGUGCGCAUUACUCACCAGGAGGAAGAUGUAUUCAGACAGAUCUUCAUUCCCAUCCUCCAUGGAUUGGCUCUGGCAAUGAAAGAAUGUUCAUUUGACAGUGACAACUUUAAAUUUCCCCUCAUGGCAUUAGCUGAGCUCUGUGAAAUCAAGUUUGGAAAAACUCACCCAGUUUGCAAUUUGGUAACGUCGCUUCCCCUUUGGUGUCCCAAACCUCUGAGCCCUGGGUCUGGUAGAGAGAUCCAGAGACUUUCAUACUUGGGAGAUUUCUUCAGCCUCUCUGUUUUCUCUGAGGAUGAUUCCAGAGUGGGAGACAAAUAUUUUUCUGGUCCAGCUAUCACUACGGAAAACACACGAGUGGUGAGCCAAUCUUUGCAGCACUACCUGGAGUCAGCCAGAGGUGACCUUUUCAAAAUUCUUCAUAACAUCUUACUAAAUGGAGAAACACGUGAGUUGGCUCUUAAUUACAUGGCAGCUCUAGUCAACUACAAUGUGAAGAAAGCCCAGAUGCAAACUGAUGACAAGCUGGUGUCGACAGAUGGCUUCAUGCUCAACUUUCUCUGGGUGCUGCAACAGCUGAGCAUGAAGAUCAAGCUGGAGACUGUAGACCCAUACUACAUUUUUCACCCACGCUGUCGUCUUGCUGUCAGCUUAGAGGAGACGCGCCUGAAGGCCACAAUGGAGGAGCUCAAAAGCUGGCUGACAGAACUGCAUGAAGACCCCACCAAGUUCUCAGAACCCAAGUUCCCCACAGAAUGUUUCUUCUUGACACUGCACACCCACCAUUUGUCUAUCCUGCCAGGCUGCAGGCGCUACAUCCGCAGAUUACGGGCCAUUCGUGAACUUAACAGGACUGUAGAGGAAUUAAAGAACAGUGAGAGCCAGUGGAAAGAUUCUCCUCUGGCCAGUCGACAUAGAGAGAUGCUCAAACGAUGCAAAACCCAGCUCAAGAAACUGGUACGAGCCAAAGCUUGUGCUGAUGUGGGACUUCUGGAUGAGAACCUACUCCGCAGAUGCCUGCAGUUCUAUAGCAUGGUUAUUCAGCUCAUUCUUCGCAUGGUGGACCCUGCGUACCCCGACAUUACUCUGCCACUGAACACUGAGAUUCCUAAAAGCUUUGCUGCUUUGCCCGAAUUCUACAUUGAAGAUGUGGCAGAGUUUCUACUUUUUGUUGUGCAGUAUUCACCCCAAGUUUUAUAUGAGCCAUGUGUCCAGGACAUCGUCACCUUCUUGGUGGUGUUCAUUUGCAGCCAAACAUACAUCAGGAAUCCGUACCUUAUCGCCAAGUUAGUCGAAGUGCUGUUUGUCACCAACCCUGCUGUGCAGCCACGUACUCAGCGAUUCUCUGAAAUGAUGGAGAAUCACCCGCUGUCAAUCAAACAGCUGGUCCCUGCUCUAAUGAAGUUCUACACUGAUGUUGAGCAUACUGGUGCCACCAGCGAGUUCUACGAUAAGUUCACUAUACGGUACCAUAUCAGCACGAUUUUCAAAAGUCUCUGGCAGAACCUUGCACACCAUGGUACCUUCCUGGAAGAGUUCAACUCUGGAAAGCAGUUUGUGCGCUAUAUCAACAUGCUGAUUAACGACACCACCUUCUUGUUAGACGAGAGCCUUGAGUCACUCAAGCGAAUCCACGAAGUUCAAGAAGAAAUGAAAAAUAAGGAACAGUGGGAUCAGCUGCCUCGGGAGCAGCAGCAGAGCCGCCAGUCCCAGCUAACUCAGGAUGAGCGUGUGUCUCGCUCCUAUUUGGCCCUCGCCACAGAAACUGUUGAAAUGUUCCAUAUUCUCACCAAGCAGGUCCAGAAGCCUUUCCUCAGGCCUGAGCUUGGGCCUCGUCUAGCUGCCAUGCUCAACUUUAAUCUCCAGCAGCUUUGUGGGCCCAAGUGUCGAGACUUGAAAGUGGAAAAUCCUGAAAAAUAUGGCUUUGAGCCCAAGAAGCUCCUCGACCAGCUGACUGACAUCUACCUGCAGCUUGACUGCGCCCGCUUUGCUAAAGCAAUUGCAGAUGACCAGCGUUCGUACAGCCGAGAGCUUUUUGAGGAGGUGAUCUCCAAGAUGAAGAAAGCUGGUAUAAAGUCUUCAAUUGCCAUUGAAAAGUUCAAGCUGCUAUCAGAGAAGGUGGAAGAAAUAGUCGCCAAGAAUUCUCAGUCAGAAAUGGACUACAGUGAUGCACCUGACGAGUUCAAAGACCCGUUGAUGGACACACUGAUGACUGACCCCGUGAUGCUGCCUUCUGGAAACAUCAUGGACCGAUCCAUCAUCCUGCGCCACCUGCUCAAUUCCCCCACUGAUCCCUUCAAUAGGCAGCCGCUCACAGAGAGCAUGCUGGAGUCAGUCCCAGAGCUGAAGGAGAGGAUCCAUGCAUGGAUGAGAGAGAAACAAGGUGGCAGGAUUGUCUAAAAAAAAAAAAAAAAAAAGUUGCCAACAUUGGGCCUGCUAACAGUCAUCCUAGGAUUUUUGCAAAUUGUCUGAUAUCAUAUCAUCACUACCCUAACAACAUCAUCAAAUUUUGAUUGGGAAGGCAAAUGGAGACCUCAUUUAAUUUUUAACUGCAUUUACCCCAUUUGUCCAGAACCAUUAUCGUGGUCCUUAAAACAUAAUAAAGUUAAGACUUUUAAGUUUCUCAUGAGUUUGUGUGUAUAUAUCAAGAAUUUCUACAUAAUGUUUGAGAGGUUAGCAUUAGCAUUACAGUGCUGCAACAAGACCUUUUUGCCAGCAGGUCGACCAGUGAGGUGCAUUGAGACACGUCAUCAGUCAUCUUCUGGAGUGAUUAUUUUGUAAUAAUGUGUAUGUUGGCAUUUUAAGGGAGAAUUGGGCCGUGCAUUUUUGAGACUUUGUAGAGUCUGGUGACAUUAAUCCUGAGUUUUCUUUAUCAAGACUGUGACAAACUUGAGUCUAUAGAAUGUAUGAUGAUCUGCCAGAGCAAACAAACUGAUGCGCUCUGUGCAUAUUUCAGAUAAUUCUAACUGUCAGCCUCCUUUGGAGUUAGAUUUUGAGCAGCAGUUAGCGUAAACCUGUUCAGUUGUUCCUUUCUGGCCCCUUUUUUCUUUGCUGACAGACUGAAUUGACAUCUUGAGCGUGCAUGGCCUCCAAUCCAGAAUCUCUGAAGCCUGAAGCUUAAGCAACAUGACAGAAUGUAGAGUGAGCAGUGGAAACCCCAACGUACCAGCUUCAGAACUGCUGACGUCUCAAAUCGUACUGUGCCGAACGGCAACUAACUGACCUUAACUGUACAGGAAAUGAUUUAGUUUAACUGCACACCUGUUUGGGAAGCUAGGACUUUGAACUGAAAUAAACAACGGUGCGCAGCUGUUCUUAGCA